AUGUCAGACAAAGCUCUCAAUGCCCAGCAGGAAAUCAUUACUGGGUACGUCGGCCAGUUAAUUGAAGAACUCCGAGCGCGAAGCAUCGGUGAAAAAGGGGGUAAAAAGGGGACGGUGGAUAUGGUCCGCUGGUUCAACUUCACUUCGUUUGAUAUCCUUGGAGACCUCGCAUUUGGCGAACCAUUCGGUUGUCUCCGCAGCGGUAUCAUGCAUCCAUGGAUAGAACUCAUCUUUACAGCCAUUAAGUCUGUAAUGGACAUGCAGAUUAUCCGUCGUGUCCCUGGUCUCUUCCCCAUGAUGAUGACUAUUGCCGGUAUGUUCCAACAAAGCCAGCAUCUACAGGACCAGUUCAUGUUUUGUCAAAAGAAAGCACGCGAACGUCUUGGUAGAGAAACUACCAGACCUGACUUUAGUAAGUCCAUGAUUUGCAUAUGA